CACAUUAUCAUUAGGUAAAGCAGCCCUUCCAUACAGAGCUCCCUACAUCCAGAAGUGCCCUCACAUCAGGUACUCAUCAAAGAUGGCAUUUUGGGUCUACUGCCUUGUGAUGCAUCUGCUAAUACUGAGCCAGACAGAUCCAGCAUCAGCUCAGGCCAAUGGAAACAAUGAUGCUCCUCCAGAAAUUAGCUGCCCCCCCAAUAUGAGAUACAAGGGGUGCAAACGCAACUGCUUCAAUACAUGCGAUAACCUCAACAGCACCAGUGAAACCUGCAUCGGCCCGUGCACCUUGGAUUGCGACUGCGUAGACGGAUUUGUCUUCGAAUCUGACCAAUCCAGUGUGUGUGUUAAUGUCUCGACGUGCAAGGUUUCUUGUCCCGCCAACAUGCAUUUCGAUUCCUGCGUGAAAACCGAUCGGCGUACCUGCGCCAUGCUAAACUCCACCCCUAACUCACUUCCAUCUUGCGUGCAGCGUUGCGUUUGCGACGAGGGGUUUGUUAUAGCUGAUGACACCGAGGAAAAGCCUAAAUGUAUAAAAAUAAGUGAGUGCUCCAAAAUCCAGAGUGACUGAACCUCUUAUACAGAUCUGGGUCCCCUGAAGCAUUUGGUUCCAUUGCUUUUUAUAUAGUGAUGAGCGAAUCUGUCCCGGUUUGCUUCGCUGAAAAAUUCUAGAAACUACGGAAAAAAUUGCGAAAUCUGGGUGCAACGCAAUUUUUUUGACGCGGUUGCACCUUUUUUUGAUGCAACAACACUUUUUUUUUGACCCAACCGCGAGUUUUUGUUACAUCUAUACCUGGUGAAAUCAUUCGUUGAUCCAAAAAAAGCAUGUUCGUGUCAAAAUAGGUGCAGUCUCACCAAAAAAAGGCGCGGCCGCAUCAAAAUUGGCGGCAAAAAAUGUUGCGGUCGCAUCAGAACAGUCGCACAAGUCAAAAAAAAGUUGCGUGGCGCCCACAUUUCGCGAUUUUUCCGCUCAUUACUAAUCUCCAAUAAUCACUUUGGCAAUUUUGCCACACAUUCAUUGCAUAAUGUAUAUGUGGGAUAUGAAUGGUGUAGGGUUUUUCCACAAUAUCGGAUCAGAUCGGACCCUGAUGUUAUUUGGGGGUGGGGCUAUGACAUAAGAGGCAGGGAAAAUGGGUGGAGCAGGUGGGGAAAGGGUGAAUGUGACUGGGAAAUGGGCGGGGCAGAGGUGGGCCUGUGAGCAUAAAAGCUGAUCAACAGCAGAGAAGGUGAGGAAAGGGGGGAUUUAUAGGAUAUUGCAAGUUUUAUACUCUUUUAUACUAACUAUGGAAAUUUCCAGUGGAGACUUUUCUAGGGAUUCUUAGUUAUAUCUCAUUGUAGGGUAAUGGGUGGGAAUUUCUCAGGAAAGACUACUGCAUUGCUGUUAGUGUUACUUUUCCUAUUCUUCAGCAGUUAUUACUCAUGACAUGUUUUUGCUUUUCAUAAUAAAAAGGGAAUUAUAGACGGACUUUG